AAGCAUUCGCAAUUCUAUCCAUUACAAGGUCAUGAUAUUGCCUUGGUGAAAUUGGCGAAACCCUUAAUUCUAGAGGAGGGUAAUAUUCAAAAAAUCAAAUAUGGAGCUAAUAAUGAAAUAGAGGAGAUGGGCUAUGUUAUUGGUUCCAGUGAUAAUGAGAAUCGAAGAGAAGGAGUUGGAGAUAAUUUCGCCUUGAAAAUCAUACCGCAUCGCGUCAUAAGCAAUGAGAUGUGUCGCCAAAGAAAAUUUAGUUUUCUUACUUCAAUGGAACUGUGUGCCGUAGCCCAAGGAUCGAUGGGACCAUGUGAGGGUGAUUCCGGUAGUCCUUUGCUCAACUCAGAGAUGAACCUGCAGUUUGGAAUUUUGUCCUACAGUCGAUCAACCUGCAAGCCAAAUAGGAUUUAUGUCUUUACCCGUAUCGAGCCAUUUCUGGAAUGGAUUAACAGAACCAUGACUAAACUUCUAAGCUAAGAUGACGGAUUCAAAUUCAAAGAGA